AUGUCAAGGGAGCUGUGUUCCGUCGCGUUAGUUGCAGUUUUUAUUCUCUUGACUUUGCGGUUCCAUUUGGUAUGCUCUCAGAAAGAUAAGAUACCCGCCAACCCUGAGGAAAUCAAGCCAUCCUUCUGGGAAACACUCGCAAGGGAAAGACUCAAUAAAUCGAUUGGCCUAUUGGGCUCGCCCAAAAAACCAGUCAAAAAUGUGAUUCUUUUUCUGGGUGACGGCAUGGGAAUUCCCACUGUUGCCGCAAGCAGAUUUUACAAAACUGAGGUGGAAGAAAAACUGGGUUCAACGACUCCAGAGCUGGCGUUUGAAGCUUGGCCUUUCCAUACUCUUGUCCGUACCUACGAUCUCAACUCUGUAGUCACUGAUUCCGCUAGUUCUGCUACAGCAUAUCUAGGAGGAACGAAAACAACGACGGGAAUGAUUGGCUUGACCGGAGACGUGAAACCAAAUGAAUGCCGAGAAUAUAAGGAUGAGGAGAAGGUGGACUCUGUUCUGAAAGCUGCCGCUCGGGCUAAUAAGGCUACUGGAAUCGUGACCUCCACUCGAAUCACACACGCAUCACCAGCUGGUGCUUAUGGCCAUGUUGCGUCUAGGUACUGGGAGAGUGAUGCGUUAAUAAAAGCUAACUGUGGUUCUAAUGCUGAAGCGCCAAAGGAUCUUGCUCGCCAGUUAAUUGAAGACAAUCCAAAUAUCAAUGUAAUACUUGGUGGUGGCUCUCAGAACUUCUAUCCCCAAGAGGCAAAUGGUACUCGCAUUGAUGGAAGGAACCUACCCGAGGAAUGGUUGAAGUCUAGGAGAAAUUGCAACCACCGAGCGCUUUUUGUUAAUGAUUCUAGAAAAUUCCUGAAAACGAACUUCAGCGAAGUUGACUAUCUUCUUGGCCUUUUAGCUCCCUCCCACAUGCCCUAUGAAGCCGAUAGAGCGAAGGAUGAAGCUUCUCUUACUGAUAUGACAACCGUUGCCAUCGAAAUACUCUCCCGUCAGCCAAAUGGCUUCUUCCUUUUCGUUGAAGGAGGUCGUAUUGAUCACGCUCAUCACGAUAACCUUGGAAAGAGGGCGCUAAUUGACACAUUGGCGUUUGAAAAGGCUAUUAGGGAGGCAACAAAAUUGGUCAACUUGGAGGAGACACUGUUGCUUGUCACGGCCGAUCACUCCCACUCAUUUCAACUCGUCGGUCAACCGAGUCGGUUAAAGAGUCUGCUGGAUCUGGAUGAGGAAUAUGAGGCAAAUGUGAGUUACCUCGUAUUUAAUGUAAUUAUCCAUUAA